AUGAAGUGCAGCAUCAAGCACGACGCCACGACCAUCGCCACCUCCACGCUGGACACCAAUAAUAAGAUGUACAUCCUCGACCAAGCAGCCACCCACGAGCGGUUGGACCUUGUAGCCCACGAGCCCAACAAGACAAGAACGCCUAAGAACAAGGUAGCAGAUCUGGCACCAACGGGUGGGACACUUACCCACCGUCGCCGUCAACCGUUGCGGCGCCAUGGGACUCGGAACUCCCACCAACUUGCGCGAACUACCAACGAAGUGCGACUGCUGCGUGAAGAACAAGAUCACGCCAACAAAGACACACACCCGCUCGUUCCUUCCAGGGGAGUGCUGGGUGUCCGACUCCAAAUGCACUAUGAGAACGACGUCAGUCGGUGGGUGCAAGGCAUGAAAGUCGUUCGCUUCGUCAACUCCACCGACGCCGCCACCCAACAAGACAACUUCGCGAAAGGCAUGGCGUGUUCCAAGGCGCAAACAGGACGGAAGGUCAAGGUCUUCAGAUCCAACAGUGGAUCCGAGUACUCCUCCAACGCCUUCAACGAAGCACUUGGGGAAUGGGGCGUCGUUCACGAGACGUCUACUGCGUUGCCUACAACAUGGCAAAUGAACCAGAACAAAAAGAAAAAACUCGACCCGAAGGCCACCAAGUGCGUCAUGAUGGGGUAUGCAGAACACCAGAAGGCAUACAAGCUGUACGACUUGGAGCAAAAGAAGAUGGUUACCAGCGUGCAAGUCCAGUUCCGCGAGAACGAGUUCCUUGGCGAACGCACACCAAUCGACGAGUACUUAGUCACAGUGGAUGACGACGACGACGACGAUGAAGAGGGCUCACUCAAGGGGAGACGUCCGCUCGCCCAGCCACUGCAUCCGCGUCGACGCCAUACACGGGCGCCUUCAACGAACGCGGCCGCAGCGCCACCAGUCAAGCGAAGUCACUUUAUGGUGCCACCACCGCCACUGCCACGGCGGAUCUCAGACGACCUCUACCGAACGAGGAAGGUCAACGCUUACCUUCGUGUCAUCACGAGACCCAACAAGCAGCUGAUGACGAUGGACGACUUCAACGCACCCGCGAGCACCAACAGGAUGACCCUACGUGACAGAAACACGAUCAGGACGCCAUCGAGAUUCAUCGACGAACCUCGGCAACCCAACAACUCGGAUGCAAUUGCCAGGAACUGGGAAACCGACCAAGACCUGAACGCGUACAUCGACCAAAUCUAUGGCGACAUCAAUAACCCGGCGAACCCCCCGGAGUACCAGUCUGAACGAGCGAUUUUGGCACCCAAGAACGUCGGGGUCGAUGAAUACAACGCCAAAGUGCUGCGCAAGAUAAACUGUUCUGCCAUGUUCACUUGCCUCUCAGUCGAUUCAGUCGAGUAA